UUGUAAGCGGACCGCGCAUGAUUGCCGUCACGCUAUAAAUGUGAUAUUCACGACGCCCAACCGACCGUCGGCCCUCUGUAUCUCAUCCACGUUGCAUCGCGGACGCCCGCCCUUAGCCCCUGAUCUCGGAGCCUAGUCUCGUCUCCGGGUGCCCUAGAUUCUCUCGAGAUAUCCGUUCCCUCCACAGCACCUCACUCCUUCUCCUCGCUCCGAUCGCCGCCAACGAAAAUGGCCAACGCAGCAUCAGGGAUGGCUGUGAAUGAUGAUUGCAAGCUGAAGUUUUUGGAAUUGAAGGCAAAGAGAACUUACCGUUUCAUAAUUUUCAAGAUUGAUGAAAAGCUGAAGCAGGUCAUUGUGGAGAAGGUUGGUGAGCCCACUUUGAGUUAUGAGGAUUUCACUGCCAACCUUCCAGCGGAUGAAUGCAGAUAUGCAAUUUAUGACUUUGAUUUUGUGACUGAAGAGAACUGCCAGAAAAGCAAGAUCUUCUUUAUUGCCUGGUCUCCUGACAGCUCAAGAGUGAGAAGCAAGAUGCUCUACGCCAGCUCCAAGGAUAGAUUCAAAAGGGAGCUCGAUGGCAUCCAGGUGGAAUUGCAAGCGACUGAUCCUACUGAGAUGGGCCUUGAUGUCAUACGAGGCCGUGCAAAUUAAGUAUGUAUUACUUGGUUGUGCAGUGGAGAUAUCCCCCCUGCAUUCUGGUUGCUUUCUUAAUGUGUUUAUAGUUCCAUGGGAUGGUGAAUUCGCUCAGUAUCAUAUGUGGUUGUUAUUCAGGUUGUUCAAGUACAGUCCUUCUUGCCUUCUUCUUAAACGUCUUUCAUUUUGGGUAUAUCAUAUGAUUUGUUGUUUUGUGGAACCUGUGACAAGUGUCUACUUGUAGCUUGACAUCUACAAGCUAAUGAUAUGUAACAGUUUGUGGGGUUAGCCAGGUAGGCUAUGCUUGUAGCUCAUUUCUGUAACUUUGUAAUGGAUACUUGACCCAUCUGGUUGUUAUUUUGAUUUGGGCUACAGGUUUGCUGAGCUUGAGUCCCUGAGUGUUUGCCUUUUUUCCCGGUU